CCAGGAGCAGAGCCUCCACCCCACAAACCAGAAGUGAUCUCCCAUCUGGAGCGAGGUGAGGAACCCUGGGAAGAGCUCCGGAAAAUCCCAAGAGAGGUUUGUCCAGGGUGGAAGGCGGAGCCUGAGUUGAUGGAGAAGGACCUUUACAAAACAGGGCUCAGAAGCUGGUUCUGAAGCAGCUGAAGAGGCCAGGUCAGAUGGGAGCCAGCUUGGGUGAUACCGGAACCUGGGAGCUGCAGGAUGACGCGGUGUUAGGGAGCAAGGUUGAAGCCAGCUCCUAUUGCCAGUGGGGACCGCAUAAAGGAAAGUCACAGCAGAUACAGGGCGUCUGAAGAGGUCCUCUCCUCCCAGCAGGGCACUCCCACAGAAGAACACUCACCUGGCAGAUGCACCAGAGGCGCCCAGCCCGCAGAGGGACUGGCCCAGAACCACCAAAGUAUACACUUCCCGCUUCCCGUCAGAAGAGCCCGGCAAUCCCCAGUGGAGCACAGAAAGCAUUGGAUGGGCCGGGAUGCCCAGGAGAGCAGGUUUGCCUGCAGCCAGUGUGGGAAGGUGUUCCUGCAGAGCUCAGCUCUGGCACUGCACUUGCGCUGGCACGAAAGCAACAAGGCCUUCCCCUGGAGCACCGACCUCCUGGAGCACCAGCGCAGACGCUCUGGCGAGAAGCCCCUUUCCUGCCGUGAGUGUGGCAAGGCCUUCAGCUGCCACUCAUCUCUCGGCGUGCACCACCGCAUCCCCGCGGGCUAGAGGCCCUAUAAGUGCGGCGGCGCCUGCGAGAAGGCCUUCAGCUACAGCUCUCUGCUCAGCAUGCACCGCAGGGUGCACACCGGGGAGAGGCCGAAUGCGUGCAGAGUGUGGCAAGGCCUUCAACCAGCGCACGCACCUCACUCGCCACCUCCGCAUCCACACCGGCGAGAAGCCAUACAAGUGCGGGUGCGGCCAGGCCUUCACCUGCCACUUCUCACUCACAGCUCACAGUGCACGAGAAGAUCCACAGCGGCGACAAGCCAUUCGAGUGCGCGGAGUGCGGCAAGGCCUUCCACAGCCUCACGGGCCUCACCCUCCAUCAGAAGACGCACACGGGGGAGAAGCCAUUCCUGUGCUCCAACUAUGGGAAGGCCUUCAGCUGCCAUUCAUCCCUCAUAGUGUAUCAGCGCAUCCACACCGGCGAGAAGCCCUACAAAUGCCACCAGUGUGGCAAGGCCUUCAGCCAGAACCACUGUCUUAUCAAACACCAGAAGGUUCACUCCAGAGAGAGGCGUCCAAGUGCAGCGAGUGUGCAGGGGAGGCCUGCAGCUGGAGCCCACACCCCGAGCACCAAGUACCAGACGUUGCACUGCACGGAGAAACCUUUCGCCAUCCAGCUCAAUAGGCACCUGCUGAGCACCUGCUGAGCACCUGCUGGGCACCUGCUGGGCACCUGCUGAGCACCUGCUGAGAAGGGAACACCCAGGCGAGGGGCAUGGACUCCACAAACACCUCGGGUGUAGCAAAGCUCUGUGUGCGGACAGCCUCCGGCCAGUAGAAACUGCCCUUUGGAAAACAAGUCUGUCUAUAAUGACACUAACUGGCCACUUCCCCAAUUACCCAAGUAAUGUGUAUCAACUCUCUGGCUCUCAGAACCAGACUGCUGUCCCUCUGAAAGGCCUUGAGGUUGUCUCACAGCCAUUCCCUCACACUAAAUACGGUCACUCUGGGGAAGGGACAAGCUACAGAAGAGAUCUGAAGUUAUCGCACCAUCGUGUUUUCCUUAGCGGGGCCAGAGGUCACUAGUGGGGUAUCAUGAGACGGGGUUUCCUGUAGCCUAGGCUGGUCUAGCUGGGAAUGCCCUUGAAGAUCUAUUCAGUCCUCUUGUCUCUACCUCUAACGAGAUGACAGGUAUGUGCAAACUUCAUGCUGGGGACUGAAUGGGGACGUCAGGCAUGUUAAGCAAAUUCUGUACCAACCGAGUCCCUUUCCCAGCCUGCGAGACUGUACCUGGCUGGCUGGUUUAGUUUUUAGAGACAGGGACUCUGGUUAGCGCUGGCUGUCCUGGAAGUCACCUGGUAGACCAGGCUGUCUCUGCCUCCUGAGUGCUGGAUUAAAGGUGUGUGCUACCCCACCCAGCUAAUAAAUCUCUCUGUGGAAAUGUGGGUAGAGAGGCGUACACCAGAGGUGUAGCUCAAUGGUAGAACGAGCCAGGGAAAGAAUGUCUCUCUAGUCUACAUCGGCUGCACACUCACUGUGCCGGAUGAUCUGAAACUCCUGAUCCCCCCCCACUUCCUCCUCCCAUGUCCUGGAUUACAGGUGUGCACCGUUAAGCUCAGCUUCAACAAAAAGUAGAAAUUGAAAAUGUGAAACUUAUCUCAGUCGUAAAGAAUUUGCCUAGAAAGCACAGG